AUGUUAUCAGUUCAUUCGCUCCAAUCGACAAGUGAUCAACAAGAUCCUGCACUGUAUGCAGCUAUUGCUGCAGCCUUGCCGACCGCUGUUGUCCCAGAACAAAGCGCAACCUGGGCAUACCCCCAGCCCGGAUGGAGCGACGAGCUCAAUGCAUUUACUGUCGUCAAUAGUCUGUUGGGACGUGUUUACCUCAGUGGCCGCUUAGACAAGCUCAGCCCCCAUCAGCUCGAACUUAUGGUGGAAGGUAUGAAUGUAUAUAAGUUGAUACGCUCGCACUUGAACUCUGCGCAUCCAAUUUGGCCCCUUGGGCUUCCUCAAUGGCACGAUGACUGGCUGUCUCUUGGAUUAGUUACAAAGAACAACGGUAUAUAUCUUGCUGUGUGGCGGAGAGGUGGCGUUACAGAAAAGGAUUUGCCAGUCAAGUUGCUUGAGGGAGAGGCUACAACGACAGCGAGAGUGCUAUACCCAACUCGCCUUGACACUGAAACAACAUGGAAUGAGACAUCGGGAAUACUGAGCUUGAAACUUCCCGAUAAGGUCUGUGCUCGGCUUUUCCACAUUGUCUGA